AUGCAGCAGCCUCCGCAGCCUGUGCCAGCAGGAGCAGCAGCUCCCCCUCCUGCCGGCAUCGCUCGGAACAUGUACUGGAGAAGCAGCUCACUCAGUAAACGAGCAAAUGCAACAGCUGCCCCGGUGCAGCCUGUGACAGACCCGUUUGCAUUUGGCAGACAGACUGCACAGAGUUCCUCUUUAGAUAAUCCAUCCAAGGGCAGUGCAUUGGUUAUGCAAAGCUCUCCCCCGGCGGGGAGUCCGCAGCCAGCCCUUACGCACACUUCACCACGGGCAGGGGACAAUCCUCAUGGACUGCACGCACCUUUAGCAGCUCCUGUACCUCAACCAGGAAUCAAUCCCAGUACGUUUUCUAAUGUUCCAGUUCCUUCUCCGUCCCCAGGAUAUGUUAUGAACAGUACUACAGAAGUGCAUCCAAAUGCAGAUCCUGGAUUCCGGGGACCUGCGGUGCCAUUGCACUAUAAUACAGGAGCAGCAGUUGAAAAUUCUUUCAGUGUGCAUCCUGGAAUGGCUGCAUCAAACAAACCUGGAGGUAGACAAGAUGUCAGCAGAGGUCCAAAUGACAUUCCUUCAGGACCCAGCACAGCAGCGUUCUUCCCUCCUCCUCCUCCUCAGCAGCCUGUGUCUCAGUGGAGGCCUGUUCAAGGUAACCUGCAGUCUCCAGUUCGAAAUUUUGUGCCCUAUCCUGAGCUGUCUUCCCAGAUCGACCUUCAUAACAUUUCUCAGUCUUCUGUUAGCACUUCUCAUCCUCCUCUGCAGGCAAAUUUACAGCAGGGUCCUGUGCACCAAGGUAUUCCACUAAAUGCCAUGCAAGCGCCUUCAGCCGUUGGUUGUGAAAAGAAUGGGAAAACUGGCUCAGCAAAUAGCAGUCACCACAUGAACAGCAUCCAGCCUGGCAAUGUGUUCAGGCAGAACACAGAAAUGACUAAUGCUUGGUUAAGUCAACCCUACCAGGAACAGUUUUACCCACAGCCACCAUUGCAAGACUCCAGUUUUGUCCUUCCCGCAGCUCAGGAAAAUAACCCCCAAAACCAGGCUCCGGAUAUGUCUGAAACAACAAAUAGACCUAUUCCCACAGAUCGAGAUUCAGGAACUCUCUCCAUGUUUUUCAAAGGGGAUGAGGCAGAAAAUGAAGAAAUACUUUCAUCUGAAAAAAAUUACAUGGUUGAGAAAACAGAGUUUGAUGCUUGUCAGCCCAAUUCAGCAUCCUUGUACCACCAGCCAGUGCAUCCUCAGCGCGUGGCAGCGAAUGUCCUUGCUCAGGCACAGGCUGGUGCAGGUUCAGUCAGUGAGAUGCUACAAAAGGGAAUGGAUCAGUACUUCCCUAAAAUUGUAAGCCAGCAGGAGGCACAGGCCACUAAGCACUCCAUGUUUGUUGGUGACGACAAGGCACAUAUAGGUGACAUGUCUGGUGGGUCACAGUAUGAGAAUGUUGAGAACCUGGAGUGCAUUCAGAAUCAAGAAGUGCUGCCAAGUGAACCACAGAACAUGAGUGCUUCAUCCCCUGCUGCUGGCCCUGAUCUGUACAGAUACGGAUCCUUCCCAGGUCAGGUGCUUCCAAAGAAUGCUGUUGUGAGCCAUGCUGAAGGAGGACCAAAUUUGGAGGCACCUGAUUCAUUACCUCAUCCUGUCCGACCAGAUAGUGUCUCUUCAAACUACAGCACCGUUAGCCACAGGAGUGCUUCCAGCUCAGCAAGGCCUCAAGAGCAAGUCGGUACAUUUAUUCAGCAAGAAAGUGGGAAGCCUGAUGAAGAAUCUUCUGCUAGUUUCUUUAAACAGAUUGACUCCUCUCCCCUAGGAGUUGAUUCCAGUGAGCUAAACCUGGGCAAGACCUACCAUGGUCAUCUGUCCCAGCCUCCAACCCCAAGCCCCCCUAAGCCUACAGGAGUGUUUCAGACAAGUGCAAAUAGUUCUUUUGAACCUGUGAGGUCCCAUGGAGUUGGUAUAAAACCUGCAGAGAUUGACCAAGCAAAGAUGGUGGUUGAGUUAAGAGAGAACCACUCAAACCAGAAGAAUAUCAAGAAGAGUGCAGCUGUGCCAGCUGCAUCCCCAGGCAAUCUCGAGCAGCCACCAGAUAAUCUGGAGACUAUUUUCAUGCCUCAGGUACACCCACUGCCUCUUGCAGUCACUGGUGAAGCUGGAAAUAAGUUGCACUCUGGACAUGUUAUGGAAAACAUACAAUCAGUAUCUGAGCGAAGGUCCUCAACAAGAGCUCAGGGAGCAGUUAAGAAGUGUGAUAGCCCAGCAACAACUCUGUGGGCUCAUAAUGAGUUGCCUAAUUUUGGGGGAAAUGUUCUUCUAGCUCCUGCUGCUCCUGCAGUGUAUGUACCUGCCAAACAAACUGUAGAAGUCAUUCAGCCGCCAGAAGAAGGCCUGUCUAAUCAGCAGCCAAGCAAACCAGGGACUAUGGGUGUGCAGCUGCCCCAGGAUGGAAAUAUAACUUCUGAAAAUCUGGAGAAUCCUCCCAAAAUGGGAGAAGAGGAGGCACUUCAGUCUCAGGUGACAAAAGAUGUACAGCAUCAGGCUGUAUCAGACAGAGCUGCACAGGGAGCGUUGCCAUCUCAACCACAAAUGCAAGUAGCUCAGAUGCAGCAGCCAGCAUCAUCUGGGAAGCCCUCGCUUCCUUCAAACUACCAGGUUGCUGCAGGAACUAAGGCCAUGCAGGCAUCACAGCAGCAUGAGAACCAGGUGCUGAGCAGCCAUCCUCAGCCUGUGGGACCCCAGGAGGCAAGUUCAGCACAGCAGCCAACAGGGUACGAUCAAACGAGUCCUGACAAGCAGCGAGCAUCUGGACAGCCGCCUGGUGCUCCAACAUCUACAGCCCCUUCAAGCACCACCAGUCAGCCAGCCAUGCCAAACGUGCAGCAGGACCUGCAGCGUCCAUCCCUGCCUCAGACUCCUCAGGAUGCCUUUGGUCCGCCCCAGAACCCUUACUACUACUACAGACAUCCUUACGAUCCUUACCAACCUCCAUAUCCACCACCUUAUCCUCCUGCAGACCCCAGAACAGCAGCUCAUCUUUAUUACAUGGAGGAUACCUACGGACAGUAUGACCCCCGGUACCGACACUACGACAGCACCAGCACUGCUUACAUGGAGCCCGGGAGCUACCGGUAUCCUGAGCCUGAACGUCCGAGUUCCAGAGCAAGUCACUGCUCUGACAGGCCGCCUUCUAGGCAAGGGUAUGCUGAAGAUUAUUAUACCAAAAGUGGAUGGAGUGAUUAUUACUCAGGCUAUUACCCAAACUCAUAUGAUUAUGGAGAUCCAAGUCGCUGGGAACGUUACUCAUCAGCAUAUGACCCCAGAUACAGAGAUCCUAGAAGCUAUGAUCAGAGGUAUUGGUAUGAUGCUGAGCACAACCCUUACCAGAAGAGAGAAGCGUAUCCAUAUGGAAACAGACAUGACCGAUAUGAUGAUAACUGGAGAUAUGACCCUCGUUUCACUGGCAGCUUUGAUGAUGACUCUGAACCCCAUCGAGAUCCUUACGGUGAUGAGUUUGACAGGCGCAGUGUGCACAGCGAGCACUCUGGCCACAGUCUGCGGAGCUCCCGCAGUGUUCACAGUCACCAGAGCAGUUUCAGCUCUCGCUCUCAGCAGAGCCAGCUGUAUAGGAGUAAUCACGAUCUAACGGCUAAUACGUAUGAAACCGCGCAGGCAGCGUCACUCCAUGCAGAUUAUCCCUAUGGUGGAUACGCUCCCAACUUUGAUGGACAACAGCCUUUUACAGAUUAUGGCUACCCGCCUGAAACUGGAUGGUCAGCAGUGGAACAAGCACCUUUAAGGCCCUCAACACCUGAGAAAUUUUCAGUGCCUCAUAUCUGUGCCAGGUUUGGUCCUGGAGGCUUCUUAAUCAAAGUGCUGCCAAACCUGCCUUCAGAAGGACAGCCAGCUCUGGUUGAGAUACACAGUAUGGAGACUAUGCUACAACAUUCUGCAGAGCAAGAAGAGAUGAGAGCGUUCCCUGGUCCUCUUGCUAAGGAUGACACCCAUAAAGUGGAUGUUAUUAAUUUUGCACAAAAUAAAGCUACACAGUGCUUUAAGAAUGAAAACUUAAUUGACAAAGAAUCUGCAAGUCUGCUCUGGGACUUCAUUGUACUGUUGUGCCGGCAGAACGGGACUGUUGUGGGAACAGACCUGGCAGAACUUCUGCUCCGAGAUCAUAAAACUGUGUGGCUUCCUGGGAAGUCCCCUAAUGAGGCGAAUCUGAUUGAUUUCACUAAUGAGGCUUUGGAACAAGUGGAAGAAGAAUCUGGUGAAGCCCAACUCUCGUUUCUCACGGAUAAUCUUCUAACCACAAUCGACAGUCUUGAGAAAGAGACAGAGAGAUUCAGAGAGUUGUUGCUUUAUGGCCGCAAGAAGGAUGCUUUGGAGUCUGCCAUGAAACAUGGUUUAUGGGGUCAUGCUCUGCUACUUGCCAGCAAAAUGGACAGCAGAACACAUGCAAGAGUUAUGACCAGAUUUGCCAACAGUCUCCCAAUUAAUGACCCUCUGCAGACUGUUUACCAGCUCAUGUCUGGAAGGAUGCCAGCUGCAUCCACGUGCUGUGGAGAUGAAAAAUGGGGAGACUGGAGGCCUCAUCUAGCAAUGGUGUUAUCCAACUUGACCAAUAAUGUGGACUUGGAAUCCAGGACCAUUGCUACCAUGGGAGACACUCUUGCUUCAAAAGGCCUGCUGGAUGCUGCUCAUUUUUGUUACCUUAUGGCCCAAGUUGGUUUUGGAGUUUACACAAGGAAGACAACAAAGCUUGUCCUGAUUGGAUCAAACCAUAGCUUGCCAUUUUUUAAGUUUGCCACCAAUGAAGCCAUUCAAAGAACAGAAGCCUAUGAAUAUGCACAGUCCCUGGGAACUCAGCCUGGCUGCCUACCCAACUUCCAGGUUUUCAAAUUCAUCUAUGCUUGCCGACUAGCUGAAAUGGGACUUGCCGCUCAGGCUUUCCAUUACUGUGAAGUGAUUUCCAGAACAGUCCUGAAAGACCCACAUUACUAUUCACCUGUACUUAUUGACCAGCUAAUCCAGAUUUCAUCCCAGCUGCGCCUGUUUGACCCACAGAUAAAAGAAAAACCAGAACAGGAAUCUUUCAUUGAACCUUCUUGGUUAGUAACGCUUCGACAUGUGGAUGGACAGAUCAAGGAGGGUACAAUAGCUUAUAACACAGACAGAUCCACCCCACCACCAUAUGCCUGUAGUACACCAAGCUCUGAAUUAGACCGUGCUAGUCAAUGUGAUGGAGCAGGAGUUGGCCAUGACAUGGGUCCAGGUGCUGAAAAUGCAUUGUUAGCAUCCUUACUACCCAAUGUGGCCCAACAGAUGCAAAGUGUGCAGCUCAUGCCUUCAGUACCUCAGGCUGACCUUGAUGGAUCAGCUGCUGUGAUUCCUCCUGGUGACCAGGAAGCUGUCCGAAGUGUCCCUUUCUAUCCAGUGGCUUCCCAGUCUAUUGGUCCAGGACAUGGCUUUGCACCUCCAGGAUUUUCAAAUCCUUAUGGAACUGAACCAUCACCACUGUAUUUAGGGUCAGCAGUACCACCAGGGGGGCCUCCACAAGAAAUUGAACCACGGGCGGAAGAGCAGACAAACCUGGAAACAGGAAUGCAGAGAAUUGCCCCGGAGUCUCCUGCACAGAAUUCUUUUCCUGACCAGAGAGAGGAGGAUUUCUAUGGCAGAAUGGCUAGCAUGGGCUAUGGGCGAAGAUCCCGAACGACUUCAGAGUCCUCUGCUCAUUCUGUGGGACGAGAGAGAUCGAAUUCUGCAGCAAAACAGCCCUCUCCUUCUCCCUCUGUUCCUGCAGGGAAAGAGACUAAAAAGGAAACAAAAAAGGAGGCAGCACCUAGAAAGACUGGUGCAACCUGGUUUCGCUGGCUGAUGGGAAAAGGAAAGAAUGAAGCUCACCUUCCAGAUGACAAGAACAAAUCAAUUGUUUGGGAUGAACAGAAACAACGCUGGGUUAAUCUGGAUGAACCAGAAGAAGAGAGCAAGCCUCCACCACCACCUCCAACGGGAUUUCCUAAAGUUCCUCAGGCUGCUCCACCUGGACCUGGAGGCGGACCUGGAGGCCCUCCUGGUGCCCCUGUCAACAUGUUCUCCAGGAGAGCAGCUGGAAGCAGAGCCCGUUAUGUUGAUGUCCUGAAUCCAGGUGGAACCAAGUCAAGUGGUGCUCUUCCAGCACCAUCAGACCUAUUUGCCCCCUUGGCACCAAUGCCAAUUCCUGCGAAUGUGUUUGUUCCAAACUCAGUUCCAGGGGAACCCCAGCCAGUGGAAGGGAGUGGUGCAGCAGAACAUGCACCAGCUGCAAAUCAGACCAGCACAGAUCCUGCUGCUACUGUGGAACCAGAGUACUUAAACCCUGCAACCCUUCCUCCUGGAUCUGGACUUCCCGUUGCUAACCCUGAUGGCUCCCAGUCAGGCGAGCUUUCGCGCUCUAGUUCAAUGAGUUCAUUAUCACGUGAAGUAAGCCAGCAUUUUAAUCAGCCUGCCGCUGUGCCGCCCGCGGGGGGACCUUCAGCAGGCGCAGUUCCCUUCUACAAUCCUUCACAAUUUGCACAAUCUCCUGCAGUCACUGGAAGUUCAAGACCGGGAAGAAUUGGGCAGAGAAAGUAUCCAACAUUGAAGUAG